CUUCGGCGUUUGACGUAAAUAUUCCCACGCUGUAAAACAAGAUUUAUAAAUAUCAGUAAAUAAUGUCCCAAGGAAACAAUGACAAUGCCAAUGGGCUGCCUUUUGGCUUCCUGGACAAACAACUGCAGGAGGACAAAAAUAUGCAGGGGAUUUUAAAAACAUUUUACAGUGCCAUUGAUGUUUUGGAGGCUGACCUGAAGAAAGCACUCGCGCUACAAGAGGAUCGCACGUUACCACUAAACGACCAAAUUAAAUUGGAUAGUUAUUUAGCGUAUUUAACCAGUACAUUGUUUUGGAUAAAUUUGAAAUUGCAGGGUGUCGAUGUUUCAAAGCAUGGAGUUUUACACGAUUUGGGACGCGCCAAAGAAUUACUUGCCCGUGACAAGGAAAUAAACGCUUCACUGGCGGCUCCAAGACUGGACAUGCAGGCUGCCAAGCGAUUUAUCGCUGCCGGAACUCAUACUCGAUUUGUCGACAUGGACGGAGUUAUGGUCACGGAACAGCAGUACAAGACAAGUCUGAAAAAAACUGACGAAUAAAAUAGUUAACUAUAUACACCUUA